AGUUGACAAUUACACCAAUGAUCUGUCAGUGGUGCCUAAAGUCUCACAUUUCGUGACCUCCCUCUGACCUGCGCCGACCGCUUCUACCUCUCCUCCUUCAACAGACGAGCAUUUGAUAUACUACUACCUACCUCCUCUCAAGCUUUAAACAGUGAGCGGAUCGCUAUGGAAGAUGACUACAUCCAACAAGCUAGAGUCUCCCCACAUUGGUUAUCCGAGGGCAGCGCCUUCUGGUAUCGCCAGAAUCUACCAGCCGGCAGGUCCGCCUUCAUCUACGUCGAUGCCAUAGAGAGGCAGCGACGUCCAGCUUUUGACCACGACAAGCUAGCAAAGGCGCUUCAGGAUGAAACCAACCAAAAAUAUAGAGAGAUCGACGCUUUCAAAUUGCCUUUCACAUGGAUCGACCUUGAAGCGAGGUCAUCUUCCGUCCGAUUUCUCUACGAGGGAAAGAAAUGGCGUUUUGACACUGAAGGAAACCUCAGCAAGUGGGAGGGCACACUCAAUCUGCCCACGACGCCAUUCAUCUCCAAAGAACAUGCAUCUGUGCACUCGAACCACUCCGUCACCAUCACUUUUGUCAACAAUACCAAGGCGGACUUGAAGAAGUAUUGGAUAGACUGGGAAGGCAAGCCAGUACUUUAUGGAGGGAUUGGGAGUGGAUUAAGCAACACUCAAAGAACUUAUGCCGGCCACGUCUGGAAGUUUGUCGAUGAGUCGGAGACCGUUAAAGCGAUCUACGCCACACCUGAAGAAAUUGCCUCGUCUGUGGUGAUUGAUGAAAAUACUAUGGAGGAGCUCGGUCCUCAGAGCUCAGCAGACGGUGCUGAAGAGAGAAGUGGCGAGGGAACGAGCCCAGAGUCAGCCUCGAGCGAGAAGGGCUCGCCUCACCUCUUUGUGCGAGAUUUUGACCUUUGGAGCCGGAAUGAGGACGAGGAAGAGCUGCGUCUUUCGGACAACGGUGCCGAAGACAAUCAGUAUGAUGAUUCAAACAUUUGGACAUCCCCAGACAAGAAGUUCUGCAUCGCUUGGCAAUUUGUCCCGGAAGAAGAACAUAAGGUGCAUCUUCGUGACUCUGUACCGAAAGAUCAGCUUGAGCCAAAGGCGAAAAGCAUCCGUUACUUGAAGGCCGGAGAUCGAGUCAGAGUUGAUCGUCCUCGUUUGUUCAACCUAGGGACGAAGAAAGAGGUCGUUACAGACGCUACUUUGUUUCAAAGCCCCUAUGAACUUCGGAACAUAGGAUGGAGCCGUGAUUCUUCCGAAUAUCGCUUCAUAUACAACGAACGCGGCCACCAAUGUCUACGUGUGAUAGGAAUCAACACAUACGGGUUUGUUAGAGCUCUAGUUGAAGAAAGAAGCGACACGUUCAUCGACUAUUCCACGAAACUCAACCGACAUUUGAUAAAAGAUGCCAACGAGUUCAUCUGGGCUAGCGAACGAGACGGCUUCAACCAUCUUUACCUCUUCGAUCUUCAAUCAGGGAAAUUGAAGAAUCAGAUAACAAGAGGGGAAUGGAACAUGAAAGAAUUUGUUCGUUUUGACGAACAGGCGAGAGUUGUCUGGUUCUCGGCAUGCGGAGUAGUCCAAGGUCAAGACCCAUACUAUACGCACUUGGCCCGCGUCAACUUCGAUGGGACGGAGUUCAAAGUGCUGACCGAUGGAGAUGGUACACACCACUGGACCAUCUCUCCGGGGCAUAGAUGCUUUUUUGACACGUGGUCGCGAGUAGAUUCACCUCCACGCACCACUCUGAGAAGUAUGGAAACCGGAGAGUUGGUCGUACAUCUCGAAGGCGACGAAGAAGAUUCUCGUCUUUUGGAAGCAGACGGCUGGGUGACCCCUGAGAAAUUCAACUGCCCCGGGCGAGACGGUGAGGAGUCCAUCUACGGCAUCAUCAUUCGCCCUCCAGAUUUUGAUCCCAAGAAAAAGUACCCCAUCCUCGAGUCCGUUUACGCAGGCCCGCACGGAUUCCAUGUUCCAAAAGAAUUCAGUGCUCUGCGCUCGCGCCGACAGUGGGCAGAGCAGGGGUACGUUGUCGUUCAAAUUGAUGGCAUGGGAACGAAUUGGCGAUCAAAGAAAUUCCAAGACGUAAGUUGGAAGAAUCUCAAGGACGCUGGGUUCCCUGAUCGCAUAGCCUGGAUCAAAGCUGCAGCGGAAACUCGGCCGUGGAUGGACACAGACAGAGUUGGGAUCUUUGGGGGAUCGGCAGGCGGACAGAAUGCCGUGGGCGCACUUCUAUUUCACGGUGAUUUCUACAAAGCAGCCGUCGCCGAUUGUGGUUGUCACGAUAACAGAAUGGACAAGAUAUGGUGGAGCGAGCAGUGGAUGGGUUACCCAGUUGACAAGGCAUACGAGGAUUCAUCGAAUGUGGUCCAUGCUAGCAAAUUGACGGGAGCGCUGUUGCUAAUAGUCGCAGAGAUGGACGACAACGUCGAUCCCGCGUCUACUCUACAGUUGGUUAAGGCUUUGAAUGAUGCAGAUAAGGACUUUGAGUUUCUUUACAUGCCUGGGGCUUAUCAUUGUUCAGGCAGGACGAAGUAUGCUCUCCGGCGACAGGAGAAAUUCUUCAGACAACAUCUGCAAGCAUCUCAAUAGCAGCACGAUGCUGCCAACUUAAGAGUCUGUUGAUAAAACCACUCAUUGGGAGGUAUGCAGAAUAUACCACAUAUAAAUGGUGUCAGCUAUUGGUUCAACCUUCCCGAGCUUGAAAAAGAGCUUUUCUUGGAUUUGGGAUCUCUCGACACUAAUUCUAUUAUGCUACUCUAUAAGUUGUGAUUUGCAUGUCAGGC